UCAAGGCGCCGUUCAUCAUGAGCUGUGUGGGGAGCGUCACCAAGGCGACGCUCAGGUUGGCAAACGCCACGGCAUCAAACACAAACGAGGUGCUCCACCUGAGCGGGCGGUAUGAGAUCGUGUCCCUGGUCGGCACUCUGAACCCGGACGCUCACCUUCACGUCUGCCUGGCCGACGCCGAGGGCGGCACGGUGGGAGGCCACGUGCUGGGAGGUCUGGAGGUGUUCACCACGGCCGAGGUGGUGAUCGGAGAGGCGACUCAGCUGCAGUUUGAGAGAGAGCUGGACGAGCAGACGGGUUUCCCCGAGCUCGUGGUCCAGCGGCGCUGACAGAGAGAGAGAGAUAAAGGAGAGGUCAGGUUCACCAGGUAACAGCUGCUGACUGUUCCCUCCUUUAAUGUGAAGGAGU